CGAACAGGCUCCUCCGUCCCUUUCCACCUUCAGCCAUUUUGACCAUGUUGGGUGCUGUGGGACGCUGCUGUACCGGGGCUUUGCAGGCUCUGAAGCCUGUUGGGAACCCACUGAAAAUCUUCAGUGGGGCCCCAGCGGCCCUGUAUUCGCGCAGGAACUAUGCCGCUGCCCCGGCGCCGUCGGCCAAGCCUGCUGCCGCCAACGGCCGUAUCGUAGCUGUCAUCGGUGCCGUUGUCGAUGUCCAGUUUGACGAGGGCCUGCCCCCAAUCCUCAAUGCGCUGGAAGUCGCUGGCCGUGAGACCAGGCUGGUGCUUGAGGUUGCGCAGCAUUUGGGGGAGAACACAGUGCGCACUAUUGCCAUGGAUGGAACUGAGGGUCUUGUCCGUGGGCAAAAGGUUAUUGACACCGGGGCUCCCAUCAGAAUCCCUGUGGGUCCAGAAACCCUGGGCAGGAUCAUGAAUGUCAUUGGGGAGCCAAUUGAUGAGAGGGGUCCCAUCACCACCAAACAAACGGCUCCCAUCCAUGCUGAAGCUCCUGAAUUCACAGACAUGAGUGUGGAGCAAGAAAUUCUGGUCACUGGCAUCAAGGUGGUAGACCUGCUUGCUCCCUAUGCCAAGGGUGGCAAAAUUGGUCUCUUUGGUGGAGCUGGUGUGGGCAAAACAGUGCUGAUCAUGGAGCUAAUCAACAAUGUGGCCAAGGCUCAUGGUGGUUACUCCGUGUUUGCUGGAGUGGGGGAGCGCACCCGUGAGGGAAAUGACUUGUACCAUGAAAUGAUCGAGUCCGGUGUCAUCAACCUGAAGGACAGUACUUCCAAGGUAGCUCUGGUGUAUGGGCAGAUGAAUGAGCCCCCAGGUGCCCGUGCCCGAGUUGCCCUGACUGGCCUCACAGUUGCUGAGUAUUUCCGUGACCAGGAGGGGCAGGAUGUGCUGCUUUUCAUCGAUAAUAUCUUCAGAUUCACCCAGGCUGGAUCAGAGGUAUCUGCCCUGUUAGGUCGUAUUCCCUCUGCUGUGGGUUACCAGCCCACCUUGGCCACUGACAUGGGUACCAUGCAGGAAAGAAUUACCACCACCAAAAAAGGUUCCAUCACUUCAGUACAGGCCAUCUAUGUGCCUGCUGAUGACUUAACUGAUCCUGCUCCGGCCACCACCUUCGCCCACUUGGAUGCCACAACGGUAUUGUCUCGUGCUAUUGCUGAACUGGGCAUCUACCCUGCUGUGGAUCCUCUUGACUCCACUUCUCGUAUCAUGGACCCCAACAUUGUUGGAGCUGAGCACUAUGAUGUUGCACGUGGUGUGCAGAAGAUCCUCCAGGACUACAAGUCCCUACAGGAUAUCAUUGCUAUCUUGGGUAUGGAUGAGUUGUCUGAGGAAGAUAAGCUGACUGUGGCCCGGGCCCGCAAGAUCCAGCGUUUUCUCUCUCAGCCCUUCCAGGUAGCUGAAGUUUUCACUGGUCACCUUGGCAAACUUGUGCCCCUUAAGGAUACCAUCAAAGGAUUCAAAAGCAUUCUUGGAGGUGAAUAUGAUGCCCUGCCUGAACAAGCUUUCUACAUGGUUGGGCCCAUUGAAGAAGUGGUCCAGAAGGCUGAGAAACUGGCAGAAGAACAUUCAUAAUUGGCUUAUGUGGAAGGUUGGAAUAGUUAUGAGGAAGGAGCACUUGGUCUGUAAACUGCAAAACUCAAACGUGUGAUGUCCUGUCAUCCUGGUUUUAUUUAAUGUUUCCAUUUCAAGGGGGAAGAUGAAACAAUUAAACUGUCUUGUCAUA